GGCUAGGGUUUCUUCUCCCGCCUCCGACUCCGAGUCCGAAGCACCCCACGUCCGAGCUCCCAGUCUCUCUCCGGCGGCGGAAGCGGCGACGACGGCGAGAUGGUGAAGGGCCGCACCGGGCAGCGCGUGCGGCUGUACGUCCGCGGCACCAUCCUCGGAUACAAGAGGUCGAAGUCGAACCAGUACGAGAACACGUCGCUGGUGCAGAUCGAGGGGGUGAACACCAAGGAAGAGGUGGCGUGGUACUGCGGGAAGAGGAUGGCGUACGUCUACAAGGCCAAGACGAAGAGCAGCGGCACGCAGUACCGCUGCAUCUGGGGGAAGGUCACCCGCCCCCACGGCAACUCUGGCGUCGUCCGCGCCAAGUUCAAGUCCAACCUGCCGCCGGCCUCCAUGGGGCGCAAGGUCAGAGUCUUCAUGUACCCGAGCAGCAUCUAAAGAUAAUCUCGAAGUGUGGAGGAUGUUGCGUAUCUCUUAGAUUUUACUUCUGCAUAAAAAUGUCUUGAAAGGAGCCGUAUUCAUGUUGAGUUUGCAAGUUGAACUGCUGUUCCCUGAGAACCCCCUGGAGGUUCUCCGUAGUUUUGAUGUCGAAUGUAUGCACCACUUGUUACAUACUUAUGGAGUCAGUUUGGAACUUGUAAGCGUUUGUCAUGUUUCUCAGCACCUCGUGUCUUCCUAUCAUUUUCUCUCA